UCAUUGUGGUAGUAAAUGCAGUGUGGAAGAGUGACUCUACUUUUGACACGUGGGUUAACCGGAAGUUUAGUAGCGCUGUGUCCUAACGGAAGACGGGUUGUAAUUGUGGAUCUCGGACCAGCUCUGUCCAAUAUGUCCCAUACUAUUCUGCUUGUUCAGCCCACAAAGAGACCAGAAGGACGGACAUAUGCUGAUUAUGAAUCUGUUAAUGAGUGUAUGGAAGGAGUGUGUAAAAUGUAUGAAGAGCACUUGAAGAGAAUGAAUCCUAACAGUCCAUCAAUCACAUAUGACAUUAGUCAGCUGUUUGAUUUCAUCGAUGACCUGGCAGACCUCAGCUGCUUGGUGUACCGAGCUGACACACAGACGUACCAACCCAACAACAAAGACUGGAUCAAAGAGAAAAUUUAUAUAUUGCUGCGCCGCCAAGCUCAGCAAGCUGGGAAAUAAAAUGUCCCUAAAGUGAGAUUAGAUGGUUUUACUUUUCAGGAAUAUGGCAGGGAAGUUGGUCACUUUUUAAAGGGGAAAUCAUUUCUAAAGACUUAUGGGAUGAUGGCUAGAUAAUUCGAUAAAUAAUUUUCAUUUCCAGGCCUGGGUGACCACUAUGAGUUCAUUGAGGUAAUUGGAAGAAAGUUUCUUCUGGAGUUUAGUGCCUACCCUAAACUAACACAUUUAUUUCAAAUGCAGGUGAUGCUAAAGACCAUUACAAGCUGAACCAGGCAGAGUAAAGUGUUCAGAUUAAGCUCGUCAGGCCAGUAGAUGUAUAGACUGAAUUGUGUGUUUUUGUGUGUACUAUUUUGUUUCCUGCUUGUCUCUACAGAUUUUCCUCUUCCAUAAUAAAAUGGCCUUAUUUAAA